GCAAUGGCUGAUGAGAGCCUAUAAAGGACUUGGGAGAAGCCAGGCACCCCACUUGGAGGAUUCUGUGUGGAAACUGCCUUCAUCUGAUCCAAGAGAGGCGUCUCCUGCGGCCACCCAACCCCAAGAUGGUGACCAUGCUGUUGCUUCUGGCCACGCUGGCUGGUCUCUUCACCACGGCCAAAGGACAAAGUUUCCAUCUUGGGAAAUGCCCAUCUCCUCCAGUGCAAGAGAAUUUUGACGUGAAUAAGUAUCUUGGAAGAUGGUACGAAAUUGAGAAGAUCCCAGCGAGCUUUGAGAAAGGAAACUGCAUUCAAGCCAACUACUCGCUGAUGGAGAACGGAAACAUCAAAGUGCUAAACAAGGAGCUGAGCCCGGACGGAACAGUGAACCAAGUUACGGGUGAAGCCAAACAGAGCAACAUCUCAGAGCCAGCCAAGCUACAAGUCCAGUUCUCUGCACUGAUGCCAGCGGCACCCUACUGGAUCCUGGCCACCGACUAUGAGAACUAUGCCCUCGUGUACUCCUGCACUACCUUCUUAUGGCUCUUCCACGUGGAUUUUGUUUGGAUCCUGGGAAGAAAUCCUUACCUCCCUCCAGAAACAAUAAGCUACCUAAAAAAUAUCCUUACUUCUAAUAACAUCGAGAUCGACAAAAUGACAAUAACAGAUCAAGCGAACUGCCCGGACUUCCUGUAAAGGGGGUGGGGAAAACCACUCCAGGUUAUGUUCUCGCUUUGCGGUCCCUUGCCCCACCCCAACUCCUCAUAAGGACCAAGCAACUGCGGCAAUGCCCUAGCGGGAAAGUAUGGCGAUAGAAGUCAAUGGAGGGAGGGGACUCACCGAAAGUUGGCCCAAACCCAACCACACUGUUAACCUGCUAGCCCAAUAAUAAACAUUUUGCUGAUCA